AUGGCGGACAAGUCCGCAUUCGUGCCUGUAGAGGCCGUCACGGAUAGGAAAAAUUCCGCUGAAGUCGAAGCUGAUAUUGAUGCUGAACUAUUUGGGAAGAAGGCGUCUGAAACGAAAGUCCAGCUCGAAAUGUGCAUGCAUCCUCAGGAACUCCUUGUUGCAUUCAUAAAGUAUCCCGCAUUGAUUCAACGAGCUACCAACAGAGCCUGUUUCCUUGGCAUUCGAACAAGUUCAAAAGUUAGUUGCGACAUUUCGCUGAUGAUACAACAACGGCAACCGACAGCCCACACGCAGACCAUCUUGCAUUCAGGAGCCUUCCUUUCUCGAAUGGCAGCGGCUGUUGAGGAAGGAAAAAAUGAUGUGGCGGCUCAGAAUGCCACGAGUUUUCAAAGAAUCGUACGCAUGACGAUGGUAAUAAAGCGCUGGAUAAAGCUCAAGAAAGAGGAGGAAAGGAAAAAAGAAGGCAACGUAGACGACGAUAACGUCAGACUAGUGUUUGGAUACGCCUCGCACUCGUCGGCUGUCGCAGUCAAGGAGAAAUGGCAACAAAAAGUUCUGUAUUGGUCGCUGGACGACACGAGUCUGACCUUUUAUUUGUGGACAGCAGUAGUAUUCAUCGGCUGUUUCUACAAUCUUAUCACCAUUGUCGCCAUG